AUGUCUAGGGUGACUACCAGGAACGGGGGGGUCUGCAAUACUGAUGGCUAUGCUGGUGCUACCCUGGACAAGCCCAAGGAGGUGCCGGUGGUCGUUGACGCUUCAGCUACUUCGGCCGUAAAGCGUAUGGCUGACCUGUUCACAGAGGUGGAUACGGAUGCACUUCAGCUAGCUAGGUCGACGCAAGGUGUGCGGGAGGCGGUUCGCGACUUGCUUACUGCUGGCAUUGGCAACAAGUCGCAGUUACCGGAAGACGGUGUUAAGGUCACUGCUACCAGUGGAGCUUCUGGUGGUACCCUGCGAAAAGGAAAGGAUGCGGUGGUCAACAAAUCUUCAAAGUCUGUCGACGAGGAGGAGGAUGAUGGUUACCUUAGUGACGACCCAGAAGAGCGUUACGAUGCCCAGGCGAAGAGCGAAGUUGCGCAGCGGAUUCAUUUCGCCAUUGUCCUGCUGAUCCCAAUCGCCUUCAAGUCGGAGACUACGUGUGUGCAGGCGACGCUCCGUACACUCUUCAAUCUGUGGAAGAAGGACCUGAACAUGGAGAUUCAGGCAACGACGAAGUUUCACGAGCUGGCGGCGUUGUUCCUGAACAAGAAGGAAUACUGGAGGCUGCUGGUUACCUUCGACCGGGCUCGGGAUGCCAAUCUUGUGUGGAAACAUGGGAUCGUGCACACCUGUGUUGACGGGAAGCGCAUCAACUUAGACUGGCAGCACCAGGUGGACCCUGCUUACGUGAAGGUGCGCGCGGCUGACCCGCUGCUAGUUGAAGUUCUAUUUAAAGGGGUGGGCGCGGUGAUCACGCCGGAGAUGCUCUGCGAUAUGCUAGUGAAGGUGAAGUUGGAGAAGCGCGGACGGUCGGCUUUCAAAGAAGGGAGCUGUUUCCACAGGGUGGUGAAUUCUGUCACACGGAUGGACACAGAUAAGGUUAAGGGCUUGGUAAAUCAGCAUGAGGAGGAUAACUACCAUUGGCGCCAUCUGAUCGAGGAUCCAACCUCCUAUGCUAAGCAGCUGCUGGUGCAUUACCCCUCCCUGGACUGUGCCUACUACUUAGGGCUGGAAUGGACGCCGAGGAAGACGCUGGAAGAAGCGUCAGCAGAAAAUUUGAUGAGGGAUUGGUCGGAGAAGGAGAUCAAGCAGGCGCUCAAGGAGCUGGCCAACACCAAGUGA